ACUCAGACAGACAGACAUCAAGAGCGCAAAAGUGCACUUUUUAUUUUUUGAAAAACAAAAUGCAGCAUUGGAGGAGAAAGUAUCGUCCUGACAUCUGUCGGAAGUAAUUCACACAUUUAGUUCAAGGAGCUAACAUUAGAUGUCGGAACGAUAGUAAAUCGACAGUAAACAAUCAAUUUAACUUAACCUCAAAUAGAAAAUUAGGAAUACAUUUGAUAUAAAACAAUUAUUAGUGUAUUUGAUACAAUGUUAAUAAAUCAAAACACAAAAAUUGUUAGUAAAAACGUAGUUUUGGUACCUUACCGAAAAGAGCACGUGGAAAAGUACAACAAUUGGAUGCAAUCGGAAGAACUGCAACGCCUAACAGCCUCGGAACCUCUAACUCUCGCAGAGGAAUAUGAAAUGCAACAGUCGUGGAUGCGAGAUGAGAACAAGUGCACUUUUAUAAUUCUUGAUCGUGAUACUUACGAUAAAACUCAAAACGAAAUUGAGGCGAUGGUCGGCGAUACCAAUUUGUUUUUUGCAAACGACCUCGAUCACGUAGUCGCGGAGGCGGAAAUAAUGAUCGCUGAAACGCAAGCGCGAGGUAAACACAUCGGAUGGAGAGCUAUGCUAUUGAUGCUAAUGUACGGAGUAACGAGUUUGCACGUACGGCAGUACGUUGUCAAAAUUACCAGAGAUAAUCAAAUUAGUAUUAAUAUGUUCGAGAAGAUGGGUUUUGUCCUUACGAGUACUAGCGAGGUGUUUAAUGAAGUUACGUUGAAUAGAAUUGUAGAUGAUAGCUGGAUAACUUGGCUCACGGCGACUGUGGGUGAAUAUGAUGUUAUUGAAGAGGAUUAAGUUUUUGUUUUCAACAAAGUUCAUUUGUUUCAUUGUUAAUCAUCACACAAAUCAUGUCUUACGCUGGUUUUACAGCAACAAUCAAGUGAUCAAUUUCUUGUUCAGGUUGCUUUGAUAAAGAAAACUUUAUGAGUGUAAACACCGAAUUGGAUGCAGUGCAGUGUAAAACCAAGGAACUUGAGCAAGAAAUUGUUCUAUAUAUGAAGUACCUAAUUGCUUUGUGGUUAAUAAAUGAUAAAAAUAUUAAAAUUUUCCUCGUUAAUUC